ACGUUUCGCUUGCUCGAGCUCCAAUUUGCGCUUUCCCUCUCCGGCGUCUCGGCUGCAGCGAGAAGGAAUCGACCCAACAGACCGCGACAAUGACCGCCGAUUCCUGUGGUCCGGCGUUGCUUUCCACUUGAUUUCGGCCGCCGUUCGUUCGUCUCCUCUGAUUGCAAUGACUACGAGCUGGAGCAGUCGAUGGAAAUUGAAGCAUUGGAAGCUAUACUUAUGGAGGAUUUUAAAGAGAUUCAUUCCAGCGAGAGUGGGUUAAAUACAUCCAACAAAUGCUUUCAAAUCAAUAUAUCUCCACAGGAAGAUGAAUUAGACGAGUCAACAACUACACCAGUUCAAUUGGCCUUGAUAUUCGCCCACACAGAAAAAUAUCCUGACGAACCUCCACUUUUGAGUACCAAAAGUUUACGUGGGAUACCGAGUGAAGAUCUUAGGAUAUUGAAAGAAAAGCUCCAACAAGAGGCAGCUGAAAACCUUGGAAUGGCUAUGGUAUACACUCUUUUUACAUCUGCACAAGAGUGGUUGUCGGAAAGAUUUUGUCAAAAAGACAGCACUGAGGACCUUGAAGAAGAGGCAGCAAAGGAUGAGAUAGUUGUGCCCCAUGGAGAACCAGUCACUGUGGAUACAUUUCUUGUGUGGAGGGAAAGGUUUGAAGCAGAGUUGGCACUAGAGCGAGCAAAGCUAAUGCCAGAGUCUGCGCUUAGUGCAACCAAGGAAAAAAGGCUCACUGGAAGACAGUGGUUUGAAAGUGGAAGAGCGAAAGGUACAGCCGCAGUUGCUGAGGAAUCUGAUGAGGAGGAUGAGGAAGACAUUGACUUUGAUGAUGACGAUUUUGAAGAUGAUGAAGACGACAUGCUGGAGCACUAUCUGGCCGAGAAAUCAGAUUCAUCAUCUCAUUCGUCUAGGAGAAUGAGCUAAACCGAAAGUUGCUGGGCGAGUCACGAAUCAUCUAAACGGAAGUACCUAUUUGCAUGGCCUUGUGCUUUCUCUUCCAACACUUGUUAUUUCUUUGAGGCUAGCCACACGAUCCACUGCCUGGCAUUAAGUCACUACAUGAGAAGAAAUCUGGUAGUGGAUAGGGCGAGAUUAGUCAGGUGAUGGGUUCCCUUUUCGGUUUUCCUCUGCAAACUGGUUAGAAUUACGUAGCCAGAGCAGUUUUGUGUUGUAACGGGGAACCGUAUACUUUUUCCUUGUGCUCGGGGGAGAUUGGUGUUGGAAGCUUGUUGCAUCCGGCCUGGAUUUUUGUUCUCGACUUAAAAAUUUCUUAAAGAGGCGAUAGUGGUAAUGUAAGUUGCGACUGGGACUACAAUUAAAAUGCGCGGCAGACUUAUGUAGCGAAAAUAUCGUGAUAUUUGUCGCAAUAUUUCUAGGUUACAUUGGUGACCUUGUUCGGUACAUGGCCAUUGAUUAGAGGCAUGCAUGUGCUUGCAUGAGAUGGAUUGAUUA